CGGCAGCCGCGGGCCGGAACCCUCGGCGCGGGCGCGGUUUCCGCGGGCGGUGCGAGGCGCGGCCCCGCCAUGGCGGCGGAGGGGGAGGACCCGCUGGGCUAUUUCGCGGCCUACGGCAGCUCCAGCUCCGACUCGGAGCCCGAAGAGCCGCAGCCCGACGAGCGCCCGGCGGGAGCCGGCGCGGCCUCGGGGGGCACCCCGGGGCGGCCGCGGCUGCCGCCGCCCGACGAGCUCUUCCGUCGGGUGUCGCAGCCGCCCGCCUUCCUCUACAACCCUCUCAACAAGGAGAUCGACUGGGAGAGCCGCGUCCUGCGGGCGCCCGAGGAGCCCCCCAGGGAGUUCAAGGUGUGGAGGAGCAACGCCGUGCCCCCGCCGGAGACCUACAGCCCGCCCGAGAAGCCGCCGGGCCCCGCCCUGGACAUGGCCAUAAAGUGGUCCAACAUCUACGAGGACAAUGGCGACGACGCGCCCCGGCAGGCCGGCAAAGCCAAGUUCCUGCCGGACGAGGAGCAGGAGGCCCUGGAGUCGGAUGGUGAAAAAGACGAUGAACCAGCUUCUGCUAAGAAACGUAAAGUAGAGUCUGGAGAACAGGCAAAGAAGAAGAAGAAGAAGGUAUAAGCAGGGCAUUUUGGAUUUAGACAUAAUGAGAAUUUCAGGGAACUUGGAUUCCUCUGCUGGAAUGGGAAACAAAUAAGUGUUUACUGCAUUUCUCUCUCGGGUAGGGAAUUUUAUUUCUGUGUAUGCUUGCCUUUUGGAAAGCACAAAAUUAAGUGGACAGUGUUGUCGUAGAACUUGUUUACUGAACAAAAUUUAAACCUGUUUAUUUGAAACAAGGAUUUAGAUGAAAGAUCCAUUGCCAUGGAUACUUGUGCUCAUGCAGGUUACAGGGCUUCACAGUAUUUUGUUUAUCAAGAAACCUGGUAACAUGCAUUUUUCUGGACUGACUUUUCCAUUGUGUCAAAACCUUUUAUAAAGGAGUAUAUACUAAAGAUUUUUUUAGGUACUGGUCUGUGAUAUGUUCACAUAAUGUUGUUUUUAAAUAUAUGUAUAGACUGCAAAUAGUCACUGGAAUAAAACUACAUUUGAAAACAUCUGUGGUAUAAAUAUUGCAUUGCAUGCUUGGUGAAUAGGAGCAAUGAAUUCUGUAUUAUAUGCCAUUCACUGAUGUGUGACUUAACAGAUUCCUCAGGGUUUUUUUGUUUAAA